GUCAGGAAACUUGACAACAACAACUUGGGGGGCACAAUUCCUGACUCCAUUAGCAAGCUCACAAAUCUGCGCCUCUUAUACCUAUGGAGGAACCCGAUAUCUGGCUCGAUACCGGCAUCAUUAGGCAACCUUCCAAAUCUGACAGAUUUGGAUCUAUCUGCAAUUGGCCUGGCAGGAUCCAUUCCAUCUACUAUUGGCCGCAUGCGCAGCCUGACAUACCUACAACUUCACUACAAUAACUUGAGGAGCACGAUUCCUGACUCCAUCUCAGACCUUACAAAUCUUCGUACCUUAAGCCUCUCACAGAAUCAACUUUCUGGUUCGAUACCAGGGUCAAUCGGCAACCUUAGAGAUUUGACUGAGUUAGAUCUUCGUGACAAUGGCCUGGUGGGCACAAUUCCUGCUUCCAUUGGCAACCUCACAAAUCUUCGCGUCUUGGACCUGAAUGCAACCGGAGUGACAUGCCCUCCUGACUUCACCCAAUGCUUGGUCCAACAAAACACUUCAAGCGCUUUUUGCAGCGCAUGCCCCUCUUUCUGCACCACUUGUGCCAAGCCUGCAUCAUCGCCCCCCUCCCGGUCUCCGGUUCCCACCGCAACACCCACUGAACCCCUAGCAUCCACCACCUCGCUCGGAAUGCCGACCUCUCAGUCUCGCGGCGAUCUGUCAGCAGGAGCCAUUGCUGCCAUCGCUGUGGCUGCUGUGGCUUUCCUGCUGCUGUUGAUUGGCACGCUCCUAUGGUGGAGACGCCACAAGAAAGAAGCAGCACCACCAGCAGCUAUAACCAUCAAGGAAAGCGAGGAUGCAGUGCUCACGAGAGAUUUUAAAGGCUUGGCAGGCAGUGUGGCAGCCUCUCACUGCACUGAGUACUCCCUUGAGGAAGUCAUGGCAGCCACGAGCAACUGGUCCAAUGACAACCGGCUUAGCUCUGGUGCCUUUGGUGAUGUCUUCAAGGGCGUGUCUCCAAGGGAUAGCACCACACGGUGGGCCGUCAAGCGAGCAAAACUGCUUGAUGCUGACUUUCAGAGAGAGGUCCGACAAAUCGCAGACAAGAACCAUCCCCACAUUGUUCGACUACUCGGAUUUUCCAUCGGAGGGGACAUGAGGACACGGCCAGAGCAAGUCCUGAUCUACGAGUUUGUUCCGAACGGUGACCUUGAGAUGUGGAUCAGUACACAGGCACCCUUUCAUCUCAGCCUGAAGCAGCGGCUGGACAUCCUCAUUGGUGCUGCACGUGGCUUGGAGUACCUCCACAGCUUUGGCCUUGUGCAUCGCGACAUCAAACCCGCCAACAUCCUCCUCGGGGAAAACAUGCAGGCAAAGAUUGCAGACUUUGGACUUGUGAGGGGGGAAGAGGGAAGCACCGUGGGCACGACUCGGGUCAUGGGAACACCGGGCUAUGUGGAUCCCAUCUACUUCCAGACAUCAAAGGCAACCACUGCCACCGAUGUCUAUAGCUUCGGUGUGCUCAUUCUUGUGGUCCUUACCGGUCGGAGCCGCCCGCUCUAUACGGAUGAUGGAAAGAGCGAGCACAUCCUGUCAUGGGUGGAGUCCUGCCUACUGUCCGACAGCCCGACCCACCUCAAGGACCUCAGCAUGGACGCCCCUGAUGAUGCUGUGCUGCGCUUGGCCCAGCUGGCUAUCAGGUGCACUGUGGAGCGCACUGCGAGUCGGCCAAGCAUGGCACACGUUGCGAAAGAGCUGUUUAGUGUUAGGACUGAGGUGGUAGGAGAAGAGGAGCUGAGGGAAGCAAUCAGGGUGGACAAGCAAGCCCAAGAGAUGACGACUGCAUUCCGCUCUGUUAGAAGUAUGGAUGAUCAGCAGAAACCCAUUGAUAAGUAUCCUGGGUGGGCCUUCCUCUCGAAAUCAGCCACUUACAUGAGUGGAGCUCCUGGUGGUAAUAAACCACAGAAUGGGCCACGGAUCUAGUCGUAUGUAGCUAUUGUCAACAUAUUUAUAUAUUGUUAUAGGCUAGAUAGGUGCAUGCUCAUACCGUAAUCCCCUGGAUAUAGGCGCAUCCCUUUAUUUGGCCCAUUGCGCUUAUGGAGUGCAAGUGCGCUUACAUCCGUUAUUUCAUU